GUUGCACUAGUAGGACACUUGUAAUGUUGUACAGUCAGUCAAGACCCGUGUAAACACAAACGUAGGUUCACUAAAUACAUGUUAAACGGGACGUGCUGCAAGAUCAUUUUGGAGUUUAAACUAAUGCCUGCUUACCGAGGACGGAAACUUUUUAAACGGUGAAAUUGUGAAAGUUGAAGUGAGCUGAAUGAACCGUCCGUCUUUCGCGCGCUGGUGAAUCACUUUUUCCACGAAGAUAGCCUAUAGUUUUACUGGGAAUAUAGCCUAUUUGUAACGAAAGAAACGUUGUCUUGCUGCGUUUUUGGGAAAGGUUCCGUGUUAUUUUCUGUGUGAACGAACAAGGCCGUGCUAUGGACAUAAACAUCAGCAGGUGGAAGUGUCAUCUGAACGUAUAAAAAGAUGCGCUGGAUUUGACAGCGGGAGAGUGGAAGGGGGUAACGAAAACUUUUACUCGUGUUUACUUCGAUGUAACUUAGAAAUCGAGUAACCACACCACUUUAAAAAAAAAAAAAGUCUUAGCAUGAACAUUCGUCUCGAUGUGGAUCGAUUUAAACUGUUUGACGGGAGUUUGUCGUCUAGCCGGCGAAUGCUGGUGAGACACUAGUUUUUGGAGUCUUUUGGGACGCGCAUAUGGAACUCAAGGUAGUGUGUGGAUUGUUCUACUGUGCUCUCCUGCCGGCAUUCUUACUUGCAGCCUGUCUCUUUCGGCUCAAUGGCCUGUCCCUCGUGUACCUCCUGUAUCUGCUGCUGCUGCCGUGGUUCCUCUGGCCAAAUGAGCGCGCUCUUCGAGGCCACACAGGGCGGUUCACCAAGGCCCUGUUGGGCACCAGCCUGCUCUUCCUCCUGGCACACGUGGCCUUUCAGAUCUGCCUGUACACCGUCCCAGGACUGGACGAGGAGCUGGGAACCAACUGCAGCUCAUGGGAGACUUUAGCGAGGACCGUCGGAGUGUCAAGGCUGCCUCUGCACCAGCCCUGGACCGUGGUGCGGCUGCUGGCCCCUGACGCCGGCGUGUUCCUCGUCUCUCUGGUCACUCUGGUGCUGAGCGCCCGGCUCCUGAGACAGAGGGAGGACGAGCCAAUCCAGCGCAAGAGCCCGGAACCCACGGAGGAGGCAGACGAGGAGGACAAGGAGGAGGAAGAGGAUGACGAAGAGGAGGAAGGCGAGUCGUCCAGCGGCGAGCCUGCGGGCGAGUCGUCGACCGCCGCCCGGGCCGCCCUGCUGGUCACACGGCUCCGUGCCAAAGCCCGCCACUGCUGCCGGGAGCUGGGCCGAGUCCUGGCCAUCGCCCUGCUCGCCCUCGCAGGAGUCACUCUGCCCUCUGCGUUCUCCGGGGUCUACUUCCUCCUGUUCCUGGCCGUGUGCACGUGGUGGGCCUGCCACCUUCCCAUCAGCCACCUGGGCUUCAGCGUGUUCUGUGUGAUGGUGGGCUUCUUCACAGCGGGGCACCUGGUGUGUCUGUACCUGUACCAGAGCGUCUACACGCAGGCAGUCUUCCCGCCCGGGGCCCUGUGGGCCAGACUGUUUGGCCUGAAGCAGAUCAUCAUACCUGGCAACUGCUCCUCCUCUGAUGACCUCAUCCUCAACACGGAACAUGAUUGGCCAGUGUACGUCAACCCAGGGAUCCUGUUCCUGCUCUACAUCGCCGUGGCUAUCGUCGUGAAAACGGGCAGCCAUGGAGAGCACGGGGAGGCAGCCCGGGACAGGACCCGGGGGAGUCCGGUCCGGGAGGGCGAGGUGGAGCUGGAGUCCUGGAGGGGACGGAGACGGGGCAGCGAGGACGACACCAAGAAAGCGCUGCUGGCCGCCCGGGAGACGCCCGCCGGCGAGCCUGACCGCUCCGGAGAUCACGAUGACAUCACUUCCUGUCCGCAGGAUCCAGGACUCGGUGGCGCCCCCUCUGGACAGGAAGGGGAGAACCCGUUUCACAUGGUCGGCCGACGGGUCAUGGACCAGAGCUACGUGUGCGCACUCAUUGCGAUGAUGGUGUGGAGUAUCACCUACCACAGCUGGCUGACGUUCGUGCUGCUGCUGUGGUCCUGCCUGAUCUGGAUGCUGCGCGCCAGGCGCCGCUUCGCCAUGCUGUGCUCGCCCUUCCUCCUGCUGUACGGCGUGGCGCUCUGCGGCCUGCAGUACGUCUGGGCCCUGGAGCUGGAGCCAGAGCUGCCCCGGAGCUGGGGCUCCCUCAGCCUCCGUCAGCUGGGCCUGCUCCACGCGCCCCGCCCCUGCCUGCGCCUGGGCGCCAUGCUCCUGUACACCCUGACGUUCUGGCUGCUGCUGAGGCAGUCGGUGAAGGACGGCUUCAGCAGGAAGAAGCGGGUCACGGCGCCCCUGCUGGAGGUCACCACCAGCGGAGCAGAGAGCCGUGGUCAGAAGCAGCCGGUCCUCCAGGUCCUGGGGCGGACGGUCAUGGGCUGCUACGCCAAGUACUGGAUCUACGUGUGUGGCGGGAUGUUCAUCAUGGUCAGCUUCGCCGGGAAGCUGGUGGGAUACAAGAUCGCCUAUAUGCUGCUGUUCCUGCUCUGCCUCUGCCUGUACCAGAUGUACUACUCCCUGUGGCGGAGGCUGUUGAAGCCGUUCUGGUGGCUGGUGGUGGCCUACACCAUGCUGGUGCUCAUCGCCAUCUACACCUUCCAGUUCGAGGACUUCCCCGCCUACUGGAAGAACUGCACCGGCUUCACGGAGGAGCAGCUAGCGGACAUCGGCCUGGAGACCUUCAAGCUGUCGGAACUCUUCAUCAGCAUCCUCAUCCCCGGCUUCUUCCUGCUGGCCUGCAUCCUGCAGCUGCACUACUUCCACCGGCGCUUCAUGAAGAUCACCGACCUGGAGCACGUCACGCCCGUCCCCCGGAGGAAGAGCGACCGCAAAUCAGAGGCGGCGCAGGCCACCGAGGGGGCGGGGCUUGAGGAGGAGAACCUGGACAAUGACCUGGGAGAUGACCAAUCAGAGGACGGAGAGGCGAUGCCCAGUAAGUGGGGUUUGGUGAUGGACCGGCUGGUGGUGCUGUUCUGGAAGUUCACGGAGGUCCUGACCCAGGUGCAGGUGUUCCUCUGGAGGUUGCUGGAGUUCCACAUCGUCAAGCUGCUGGCCGUCUUCAUCGUCUGGGGUGGCACUGGGAGAGGUGACCCCUCGGUGAUGAACCUGGUGCUGGUGGUUCUGUGGGCGUUUGCCAUGCCGUACCCCAGGUUCCGGCACAUGGCCUCCGGCCUCUCCACGGUGUGGGUGUGCAUCAUCAUCGUGUGUAAGAUGCUGUACCAGCUCAGCGUCGUCAACCCCAACGAGUACUCCAGCAACUGCUCAGCGCCUCUGCCCAACCAGACCACCCUGGAGGGGGCUGAGAUAUUAAACUCCAGUCUCUACCAGCAGCCCAUCGACCCUGCCAACUGGUUCGGGUUCAGGAAGGACCCGACUGUCCUGGGGUACAGCCAGAACCACCUCCUGGUGCUGAUGCUGCUGGUGCUGGAGGCCACGGUGUAUCGGCACCAGAUUCACCACUACCGGCAGGAGCAGCGCUCCCCACCGUCCAUCCCCGCCCUCUUCCCCCUCACCACCCGCGACACGCUGGAUCAGGGCCUGCUCAGCUCCCUCAAGUACCUGCUCAACUACUGCUUCUACAAGUUCGGCCUGGAGAUCUGCUUCCUGAUGACGGUGAACGCCAUUGGGCAGCGGAUGAGCUUCCCGGUGAUCAUGCACAGCUGCUGGCUGGUGGUGCUGCUGACACGCCGCCGCCGGUCCGCCAUCGCCAGGGUCUGGCCCCGAUACUGCCUGUUCCUGGCCCUGUUCAUGGUCUACCAGUACCUGCUCUGUGUGGGCAUCCCACCGGCCCUGUGCAUAGAUUACCCCUGGCGCUGGAACGCCUCCAUCACCCUGAGCUCCGCCCUCAUUAAGUGGAUGUACCUGCCGGACUUCUACUCCGUGCCCAACGCAAGACACCUGAUGGCGGACUUCCUGCUCCUGGUGUGUGCCUCACAGCAGUGGAAGGUGUUUGAGGACGAGAAGAGAGAGGAGUGGAUGGUGCUGGGCGGAGAGAACAGAGACGACCCCAACCCCAUGAAGGGCCAGCCCAUCAACCCCGUACCCAACUUCAUCAACUGCAGGUGUUACCUGGACAUGGCGAAGGUGAUGUUCUUCCGCUACAUGUUCUGGCUGGUGCUGUCGGUGGUGUUUGUGACCGGGGCCACGCGGAUCAGCUUCUUCGGGCUGGGCUACCUGAUGGCCAGCUUCUACCUGCUACUGUUCGGCACCCGGCUGCUGACCAGGUCCUCCAGGACCCGGCUGCUCCUGUGGGACUGUCUGAUCAUCUACAAUGUGGCGGUCAUCGUCUCCAAGAACAUGCUGUCUGUCCUGGCCUGUGUGUUCGUGGAGCAGAUGCAGGCUCGGUUUUGCUGGGUGAUCCAGCUGUUCAGCUUAGCCUGCACCGUCAAGGGCUACUACGACCCGAGGGCAGUGAGCGGGCAGGACUGUGUGCUGCCAGUGGAGGAGGCGGGGAUCGUCUGGGACAGCAUCUGUUUCUUCUUCCUCCUGCUCCAGAGGAGAGUCUUCGUCAGCUUCUACUUCCUGCACGUGACCGCCGACCUCCGGGCCUCCGCACGCCAGGCGUCCCGGGGCUUUGAGCUCUUCAGGGCCAGCAUCGUUAAGAGCAUGAAGUUCCACAGAGAGGUGGAAGAGAAGUCCCUCUCCCAGCUCAAGAGAUCAAUGGAGCGCAUUCAAGCCAAGCAGCACAGGCAGCGGGAGGGACGUCUGGCUUCAGAGAGCAAGGAAGAGGAGUCGCCAGAAGCAGAUGAGAGCGAGAAGCAGAAAACAAAAUGGUGGCGACCCUGGCAGGACCACGCCACAGCGCUGCGCUCAGGUGAGUAUUACCUGUUUGAGUCGGACAGCGAGGAAGAGGAUGAGUCCCAGGCUGAAGAACAGAAACCAGACAAACAGAGUGCCUUCCAGCUGGCGUACCAGGCCUGGGUGUCCAGCGCCAGGAAGGCGCUGAGAGAUCGACAGAGACAGCAGGAGCAGCAGCGGCUACACAGCUCCCAGUUACCAGCUCCUGUGACCGGUGAGGGUGAGGAAGAGGACCUCAAUUUUGAGGCGUGUCCGACACAGGAAGAGGAAGAGUUGGAGGAGAAAGGUGACUCAGGGCGGAGUGACAUCGUGCAGAGGGCCCUGGACAUCCUGAAGUUCCUGUGGGUGCUCUUCCUGGCCAUGGUGGACGGCCUGACCCAGUGGCUGGGCAUGCUCACCAAGCAGUACGUGGACACCUCCACGGUCCUGUGCAACGAACGCUACCACAUCAUCCGCAACAUGGACCAGGGCCCGCGGAAGGAGAGCAUGGAUGAGGACCGGGUUUCCCACGCCGGCGAGAUUCCCACGAUGGAGAUCUGCGUAGACGAGAUGGUCGUUGAGACCGUCGCCAUGCGGAGCACUGAGCCGGCUGCUGCAGACCCAGAGGGGACCAGCCAUGGUGGUGCCACCCCUUUUCCAGAACCUUCUCUGCACGAGGAGACCAAUCACCGUUCGCAGUAUUUCAGGACUGCCAGUGAGCUGCUUGCCGACAGCCGGGCGUGCGUGGAGGAGCUGACCCAGAGCCGGGAGUUCUACGCCUCGCAGAACCGCGGCCUCAAGCUGGCCUUCGCCCUCUACAACCUGCUGGCCGCCCACUCUGAGCUGGUGUGCUACUUCAUCAUCGUGCUGAACAACCUGGUGACGGCCUCCGUCAUCUCGCUGGCCCUGCCCGUCCUGGUGUUCCUCUGGGCCAUGCUGGCCGUGCCGCGGCCCACCAAGAGGUUCUGGAUGACCGCCAUCAUCUACACCGAGGUGAUGGUGGUGGUGAAGUACCUGUUCCAGUUCGGCUUCUUCCCCUGGAACAGCGCCUACGAGACCAAACUGAACGAGGACAAGCCCUUCUUCCCGCCUCGCAUCCUGGGCCUGGAGAAGACCGACCACUACAUCCGCUACGACCUGCUCCAGCUGCUGGCCCUGUUCUUCCACCGCUCGCUGCUCCAGCGGUAUGGUCUGUGGGACCGCGAGGACCCCCUGGACCAAACCACUCGGGAAGGAGGGGAGGGGCCUGUGGAGGGGGAGGGGCCUGUGGAGGGGGAGGAGCCCGCCCUCAUCGAGCUGGAGGAGACGGAACCGAGCCAGGAGAAGGAGGCCAAACCGACCCAGGAGGAGGAGACGGACCCCGAUGAGGACCGGGACCCGCCCCCCGCCCCGGAGAACGGAGAGAGGAAGAGGAGGAGCGUGCUGCGUCUGCGCAAGAGGAGGAAGCACGAUGAAGAGGCCAAAGACACGAAGGAGUCAAAGAAGAAGACAGGAGCCAAGCGCAGAAAGGCAGCCAGCAAGAAGAUGAAGGCUUGGGGGGAGAAACUGAAGCUCCUGCUCCUCUCCACAGCGCGUAGCGUCUACAGGCCCGUGUACGGGUUCUUCCACGGCAUCCUCCACACAGAGUACCGGCCCACGACCGACGUCUACGUCCUCAUGUUCCUGGCUGACGUGGUGGACUUCAUCAUUGUUGUCUUCGGAUAUUGGGCCUUCGGAAAACACUCGGCCGCAGCGGACAUCGCCUCCACGCUGUCGGACGACCAGGUCCCCGAGGCCUUCCUGGUGAUGCUGCUCCUCCAGUUCAGCACCAUGAUCAUCGACCGGGCCCUCUACCUGCGCAAGACCGUCCUGGGCAAGCUCUUCUUCCAGGUCGUCCUGGUGUUCGGCGUCCACUUCUGGAUGUUCUUCAUCCUGCCUGCGGUGACGGAGCGGAUGUUCAGUCAGAACCCAGUGGCCCAGAUCUGGUACUUCGUCAAGUGCAUCUACUUCGCCCUCUCGGCCUAUCAGAUCCGCUGCGGCUACCCCACCCGCGUCCUGGGAAACUUCCUGACCAAGAAGUACAACCACCUCAACCUCUUCCUCUUCCAAGGCUUCCGGCUGGUUCCGUUCCUGGUGGAGCUCCGAGCCGUGAUGGACUGGGUGUGGACCGACACCACGCUCUCCCUGUCCGACUGGAUGUGCGUGGAGGACAUCUACGCCAACAUCUUCAUCAUCAAGUGCAGCCGUGAGACGGAGAAGAAAUACCCACAGCCAAGAGGCCAGAAGAAGAAGAAGAUUGUGAAGUACGGGAUGGGAGGGCUCAUCAUCUUCUUCCUCAUCUGCAUCAUCUGGUUUCCGCUGCUUUUCAUCUCGCUGGUCAGAUCGGUGGUGGGUGUGGUCAACCACCCCGUGGACGUAACGGUCGCGGUCAAGCUGGGGGGUUAUGAGCCCCUGUUCACCAUGAGCGUGCAGCAGCAGUCCAUCCUGCCCUUCACCGAGGAGGAGUACGACGACCUCGCCUCCCUGUUCAGCAACAACGCUGUGGCGAUGCAGUUCAUCACUCUGUACAGCUCGGAGGACGUGGUGACGGCGCGGAUCGAGGGCAGCUCAGGCUCCGUGUGGCGCAUCAGCCCUCCCAGCCGCCGCAAGGUCAUCAACCAGCUGCUGAGUAACCACGGCGACAUGACCCUGCGCCUGCACUGGAACCUGCAGAGGGACCUGGGCAAGGGGGGCACAGUGGAACACACCCUGGAGAAGCACUCUGUGGACCUGGAGCCGGGCAGCCCUGUGAGAGCUGGGCUGGCCGCCCUGCUGCUGGGAAACCGCACACAACCAGUGCUCGUUCCCCACAUGUUCCCGAACUUCAUCCGCGCCCCGAUCGGCCCGGAGGCCAAGCCCAUCAGCCAGCUGUACGAUGGGGACGAGGAGGGGUACCAGAACGUGACGCUGUCCCUGAAGCAGGACCGCUCUCUGGACGGCAGCGGGGUGCAGGAGUGGUGGGACGUCGCCGUCGCGGGCUGCACCCAGGACUGCGGCGUGCUGCCCAUGGUCAUCUUCAACGACAAAGUCAGCCCCCCCAGCCUGGGCUUCCUGGCCGGAUACGGGAUCAUGGGGCUGUACGUGUCGGUGGUGCUGGUGAUCGGGAAGUUCGUGCGCGGCUUCUUCAGCGAGGUGUCGCACUCCAUCAUGUUCGAGGAGCUGCCGUGCGUGGACCGCAUCCUCAAGCUCUGCACCGACAUCUUCCUGGUGCGCGAGACCGGCGAGCUGGAGCUGGAGGAGGACCUCUUCUCCAAGCUCGUCUUCCUCUACCGCUCGCCCGAGACCAUGAUCAAGUGGACCCGCGGCAAGGACUGAGCCCUCAGCCCUCAG